UCUAAUGUAUGUACGUGCAAUUUUACAAAGAAAUAAAAGACUAGAAGUGUUUGACAAAAUAAUCAAUGUCUGAAACUCCAAAGGGUCCACGGCAAACUGCAGGAGACGGAAUUCGGUCAAUGAGAUCUACCACUGCAUUUAGAAUAGUUAAUUUCGAGCUAUACGCAAAACCUAAUAUAGUAAUAAUGACCCUGGGUCUGACAUGUUUUGGUUUAACUCUAGGCUACCUCGCCUAUAUGAGAACCAAAUAUGAAUCAAUGGGAUACUAUGCAGCUGUGGACAAGGAUGGAAAUGAAAUGUUUGAAAAAAAGAAAUCAAAAUGGGAUUAGAUGUAUGAUAAUUAGGUAGUCAAUAUUAUGUAUAAUAAAUAAUAGUACACUUAAUAAAAUUAUUACCUU